GAUAUAAAGACUGAAGGCAGCGAGGUGAAGGCAGAUCGAGAGAGAGAGAAGCAGCUCCUUUACUCUGAGAACCUAGCCAGCUGAUCCCACACGAGGCAGAAUGAAAUCCUUCCUCCUCGCCAUCGCUGCCGUGCAGAUCCUCCACUGCUCAGGAGUGCCAAGCACCAAGGAAGCUCUGAGAGCCUCAGUUGUAAAGUUGAAUGAAAUCACCGUGACCUCCAACCUCUGUGCAAUAACUGGGAGAAGAGUGACAAAUACUUAUCGCACAGGUAAACAUUCAUACAAUGUGGAUUUGACAUUCUCGGUGAAGGAAACCAUCUGCUCCAAAGAUUCCGGCUUUGAAUUUGAUGAUCCCAGCUGUCGUUUCCGCCCCAAGAAGAUUGGUGAGAAAGGGUUUUGCAAAAGCCGUGUUGAAUAUUUUGCUGAUCAGGUAGCUGACGUUGAUGUGGAGUGUGAAGGUCUGAAGACAGUUGACAGCCAGAGUGACUCAUCGGAGUCAAGAGAAACCAGUAUUGAGUACGAAAACAAAUCCCAAGAAACAUCACUGGAAGAAGCAUCAAAGGUGAAAAGCCAAUCAACAGAGACAUCACUGGAGGAAGCAUCAAAUGUGAAAAGCGCAUCAAUGGAACUAUCACCCCAGCAAUCUUCAAAUGAAAAGUUUGAAGAUUCAAGAGACCAGCACUAACAAUGAAGAAAAAUCUAUGAAAGACCAAAUAAGACAAGCAGACCUCAUUCAGAUUGAAGAAAAUCUGAUCAAAUGUACUUGUUCGUAUCUAAGGGGA